CCCAUUUUUGUGGGUGUGGCUGAUGUAGAAAACAACACAACAUGGCAGCUCAGCCUGAAGAAAGAGAAAGCUCUCAAAAUAUUCUCCGUCUCAUAAAUUGUUGUAAAGAGACAGAGAAUUGCUUGAAAUUAAUAAAAGAAUUGACAGGAGAAGCUCUGACAUUAAAUUCCAAAGGGUUACCCACUAAAACUGUAGAAUGGCACAUAGACAAUAAGUACUAUAGUGCAACCAUCAACAUACACCUCACACUAGAGCCUAGUGAAGAAACAGAUACACCAUUUGAAGCUGUCGUUAUCUUAUGUGAACUGGAAGAGUUAGAUCACUUAGAGAGAGUAAAGGACCUGUGGUCUAACCUUGACCAAAAGGACUCAAAUAGUUUUCCUCCAGAAGUAUCUCUACUUGUUGGUGUUACUAAUGACUCUAGUGAUGAGAAUGAGACCAUUAAGAAAACUUUACACUGGUGCACUGAUAAUGGAAUAGAGCUCGUGAAAUGGAGACACAUUGACAAAGCUGUUGAAAGUGAUGAUGAGGAAGAUGAUAAUGAAGGGAUAUCAAGAAUAUCUGAAGCAUUGCAAGCACACAUGUGGCCACAGAUAACUCUGAAAGGGAGUAGUAAUAAAGCUGCAGCAGUAAGCGAUCACAAGGAAGCACCUACCACCAAUUCCAAUGAGCCAGAGCCUCCACUUCCUGAAGGAGUAGUAAUACCAGAUUUCUUAUCCUCUAUGAAUGCAGCAGAGCCUGAUCCUGGUGGCGAGAGUUUUGAGGAGUUAUUUGAACGUUUUGCUAGCAUGAGAGCACAUGCAGAAUCAUUGCCAUAUGAAGAAAGGAAAGCAUAUGCUGAAAAGGUUGUGAUGUCAUUUUGGAAAUCUAUUGGUGGAGAUGAGGAGGAGAUUGACUUAAAAGAUGAUUAAUUGUUAUUAAUGAUUUUAUUGUUCAUGCAAUUUUGUGCAACUGAAAAUACUUUUAAUUUAUUGAAGCUUCUGUAAAUAACUGAA